GCCAUUAAGUGAUGUUUUAAUAAGAUGAACAAUAAAUCAAAAUUUUGGAAGUACAGUUUUCAGAUCAACCACCAUGAGUUUCAAGGAGAGCAAAUUCGUAGAUUCUGAGUAUUGAUUUCUUCUUUUAUCCAAAGACAUUUGCUAAAUAUGUAGAAGAAGGAAAAAACCUAAUUCUUAUGUUCAAGUGAAUCACUCAAAAAAUCUAAUAUUCAAGAGUAAAUAGUCAAAAAAAAAUUAAUACAUAAGUAUACCCUUUAUUCCUCUUAAUGCUCAAUAAGGCUAAAGUGAGAAUACAGGUUUUACUAAAUAAUAAAUAACACCAGGAAAUACUUUGGAAAAAAACAAGGAGACAAUAAAAUAAGGCUAGAAGGUACCUAUUGGUCAUUGGUAUUACAGGAUAAGAAUCAAUCUUAAG